UAUAUUUUUACAAGAUUUUUGAGUUUGGGGGAGUCUAGCAGACCCGCAAGAACAAAAAUUACUCAUCAGGAAAAUAACGUAUCCACAAUGUCCCGUAUACAGUCAGAAAUUGCUAGACUUGCAAAGAAGCAGGAAAAUAUCACUCCUAGGCAAAGAAUUCAGUUGAUAGGAACUGACCAGGAAAUGGCUCAGGUAUUAGAUUUAAGAUGCAAAGACAUGUCAGCAGUUAUGCUGAUGAAGUUUAAAGGCUUGAUGGAAAAUUUGGACUUAAUGAUUGAAGAGAUAAGGGAUUCUUUUAAAAAUGACCUAAAGGAAAUAUUAGGAGUAGAAAGUAAAAUACCUGAAGUGAAAAAUCCAAAGAACUCCAGUACCACAAUGGAGUGCCAACAGAUAAAAAAACAAAAGCCAGAAUUGGUAAAGAAAACAAAAGGAGCAAACUCUAAAAUAGUUGAGGAUCCUGAAAAUUUGACUUUUAAAAGAAAAGAAAUAAUUGAGCCAAGUAGCAAAUUAGACGAAACUGAAGAGUACAGUACUGACCAAGGUAAGGAAUUGUCCUAUGAUGAGUCACAAAAUCGCAGAGUCAAGGAAAGUAUGGAAAAAGCCAUAAGCAAUAUAGACACUUGUGGAAAUAGUAGUAUCCAUAUGGAAGUAACAAGAGAGAUUGGAGAGGAUGAAGUGGUCAAAGCAAAAAGAGAGGAAAAAAUUCCUCAGAAUUUUAACAAUAAAGUGAAGAUUCUAAAAACCUCCAGAGAAGAUGAAGGAUCAGUACUUACAUUGGCAGCAGACUUUUCAUCAGCAACACUGUAUGUCAGUAAGCAAUGGAGUAAUGUCUUCAGCAUUCUGAGGGAAAAUGAUUUUGAACCUAAAGUUCUAUGUCAAGUUAAAUUAGCAUUUAAGUGUGAUGGUGAAGUAAGGACCUUUUCAGAUAUUCAAAGCCUCACCAAUUUUACCAGCCAAAAACCAUUUCUGAGAGAAUUACUGAAGGGUAUACUCCCACACAGUGAGACAAUAAAGAAAGGAGGAAGAUAUGGGAUUCAAGAAAAAGUGGGAAAAACUCUAUUAGAUUCAAAGCAUGGAGCUAGGGGAGAAGUUGAUGAUGGCUUGAGCUUUCUAUUUGUUAAAGAGGUAAAGGUUGCUGAGCCACAGGAGGUAAAGAACUUAGAGACUCAGGAGGAACAAUCUUCAGAGUGGGAGACAAAAGAAUCCCCCGAGGAGGAAGAGACCUCAGAGCCCUCAGAGCUGGAAGGGGACGGAGAAGAGACCUCAGAGCUGGAAGGGGACGGAGAAGAGACCUCAGAGCUGGAAGGGGACGGAGAAGAGACCUCAGAGCUGGAAGGGGACGGAGAAGAGACCUCAGAUCUGGAAGGGGACGGAGAAGAGACCUCAGAUCUGGAUGAGGAAGAAGAGGCUUCAAGGCUGGAGAAGAGGGGAGAAGAGGAGGCUUCAGUAUUAUGUGAGAAACAGGAUUCAACCUUUCAGUGUCAUUCUUGGGUGAAUACAAAAUGUGGAGUUGAGGAAAAAACCAGCAAUGGCUUGGAGAUUGUUUUAAUUAAAGAGACAGAAGAUUCUGAGCCAGAAGAGGAAGAUUCAGAGUGGGAAAUGGAAGCAGUCUUGUCGUGGGAGGAAGGAGAGGACUCUGAAGUAGAAAAUGUAAAGCCUACCUCCCCAAUUGAGAAAAAAGAGGCCUCAUAUGGACCUAAAGAAAUUCCCUGUAAUUAUUUGGCUCCGAAGUUUGAGAAGGAAAAACUGGUCAAACACCAGAUGUUACAGAAAAUCCAGAAUAAAGAAACUGCUACACCUAGAAACAGAGGAGGUGGGACAGUUUGUCCAACCUUGUGUUUGGCCUCUCCCUCAAAAUCACUAGAGAGAAGUUCUAAUAAGAAGAAAAGGCAUUUAUGUACAAAGUCAAGUACUCCAUCAGGAAUCCACAAAUUUUUAAGGAAAAUGGAGAAAGAGAGACAGAAAACUCUACAAACAGAUGAGCAAACAGCUAGAGAAGCAGACUUAAUGCAAGAAGCAGAAGAAAACUUUAGAAGAAGUGUAAUUAACAACUUCAGAGAGAUACAGGAGGAGGUUGCAAAUAUUAAAAAUUACCUUCCAGAGGUCUUGGAAAUAAGAAACUCGAUAGAUGUUCUCAAUAACAGAAUAGACAUACUUGAAGAGAGAAUGGACAAUCUAGAAGAUCGUAUUGAAGAAUUCUCUAAGGAUACAAUGCAAAUGGCCAAACAGAUAAUAAAUAGAGAAAGGUCAAGAGACAUAGAGGAUAGAUCCAGAAGCUCCAACAUCCGUUUGAUAGGAAUUCCAGAAAAAGAUAAUAACGAAAAUGGAGCAGAGGAAAUAAUGAAGGAACUCAUUGAAGAAAACUUUCCAGAACUAAAGGAUUCAAGUCUUGAGAUCGUUAGUGCUUACCGAAUACCUAGUAAGAUUGAUAAGAAGAGACUCACUCCCAGACACAUCUUGGUGAAAUUCGGGAAUUUCGGUGAUAAAGAAAAGAUCAUAAAGGCUUGCAGAAAGAGAAGACAGAUAACCUAUAGGGGAACAAGAAUCAGAUUGACAGCAGACUUAUCAUUGGAUACUUUAGAUGCUAGAAGUAAGUGGAGCAGUAUCAUAAAAGUUCUGCAAGCAAAAGGCUUUACACCUAAAAUCCUAUACCCGGCCAAAUUGGCAUUCGAUUUUGAAGGUAAAACAAAGACAUUUUUUGAUACUGAAGAAUUUACAAACUUUAUUUCUUGCAUACCCUCAUUGAAAGAAUUACUGGAGGAUCUACCUUAGCUUUCUAGGAUGACUAUAAAUACAUGCACACAAUAUAUAUUACCUUCUUCCCACAGCAAAAAUCAACAGGGAAAAGGUGAAAAUAAAAUGCCACAUUUCUACCCAAGAGGAUGGACUUCAAACAAUGUACUUGGGGAGUAGGGGAAGGGAAGGUUACUUUGUUGGCAUAGUUAAAGGGUGUUUUAAAAUUAGUGUUCAUCUUCGUAGCUUGCAUAGGAGUGGACUUCUAAGCUAUUGGGGACAGGGAAGGAAUCUGUCACUGUAACCAUAGACAGGAAGAGAUGGCGUAAAAGUAACAGAAAAGCAUGGGGGAAAAAUGACAGGAUAAGUGAAAUAGAAAAAAGAUGGUAAAGUUGA